ACAGUCUGUCCUUGUCAAGAUCUUUAGAAUGAAAAUUUUAUGAUGUGACAUGACGUUUCAGUGAUAAAUGUCACUUUCAACUUGUAAACAAAGAUUUGAGGUCCUUGCACAGCAUAAGCAGUUUUAAAAACAACAGACCAGCCUACAACUGACAGACCUAGACAAGUCUUUUGGGCACAUUCAAUGGACAUUAGCUAAAUCACGAAGGAGCCAUCACAAAAGAAAUCUAAAUUAAAAUGAAGGAAUCUUUGGAAGAUGAAGCAAAUUCUAAAUACAAAGAUGGUGUCAACAGAAACGCUAGGCUUAUCGUAAGGAACAUACCUUUUAAAGCUACAGAAGAUAGUUUGAGGGAGCAUUUUGCACGAUACGGCACUGUUGAAGAAGUGAAGCUGCUGAGGAAACCCGAUGGAAAACUCGUAGGAUGUGGCUUUGUACACUUCACACACGUUCCAAUGGCUAAUGAAGCGUUGGCAGCUACUAACAAGAAACCAUUCUUAGAUCGUCCAUUAAAUGUAGCAUGGGCAGUGCCUAAGCAUAAAUAUGGUGAAAAGGAGCAGAAAGAAGACCCUGCCAGGAACUUUAAGAAAGGAGUAUCCAGUUAUGCUGUUAAAAUAAAAGAGGAAGAUCAAGCAGAAGACGAAGUAAGCAAACAGAAAGGUAAAGCAAAACUUAAUCGGAAUGCCCGCCUUGUGGUACGUAAUGUAUCAUUUAAAGCAUCUGAAGAAUCUUUGAAAGAACAUUUUCAAUCUUAUGGAGAAAUAAUAGAAGUGAAAUUACUCAAAAAACCUGAUGGAAAAUUGGUUGGUUGUGCAUUUAUUCACUUCAAAAAUGUACCAAUGGCAAAAAAAGCUUUGUUGAAUACAAAUAUGAAACCAUUUUUGGGGAGACCUAUAUCAGUUGAUUGGGCGGUGCCUAAAAACAAGUACAUGCAGCAUAUUGUGCACCAACAACUGGAAAUGGAAAACGAAGUAAAGAAAGAAGAUUCUGACAGCGAUGAAGAUGGGCCACCGCUCGAUAUCUCUGCUGAUGACCUCAAGGAAGAAGUCAAGAGUGAAUCAGACGAUGACUCGAGUGAUGACGAUAAUUCUGAUGGUGAUGAUAAAAAAAUUGUCAAGUCCGAUAGUGAUGAAAACAGUGAAGGGGGUGACAGCGGAUCUGAUGAUGAUGAUGAGGAUGAAGACGAAGUGGAUGAAGAUGAGGAUGGUGUAAACGAUGACGCUCAGAGUGAAGCCAGCACACAAGCAGAAAGAAAACGGACGAAACUAAACGACGCCGAGGACGGUCUCACGGUGUUCCUGAGCAACGUCCCCUUCAGCGUGGACGACCAUCAGCUACGUCAGUUUGUCGAGCGAGUAGCGCCCGUAUCGUACGCUCUCGUGUGCGUCGAUCGACUCACGGAACACUCCAAAGGGUCUGGAUUCGUCAAAUUUACUAACAAGGAGGAUGCAGAAAAAUUCCUCUCGUUGCCAGCGGAUCAAUUGAAACUGGACGGCCAAGUGAUACAGGUGAAACCAGCACUCAAUCGAGAAAGCCUCCAGAAGUCUAACAAGAAAGAGCCCAAGGACAAUAGGAAUUUGUAUCUAGUCAAAGAAGGCGUGAUAGUAGCGGGUACGAAAGCUGCGGAGGGCGUUUCCGCUUCAGACAUGUCCAAACGUCUGGCCCUGGAGAGAAGCAAGACUCAAAUGCUCAAAAAUCUCAACAGGUUCGUCUCCCGGUACCGCCUGGUGGUGUCCAACCUCCCAGCGACUUACGACGACACUCGCUUGCGUCGCUUGUGCGCUCGCUCGGCGACAGUCACCGAGUGCCGCAUCAUGAGGGACUUGCGAGCGCCGGUACAGACGGACGGGAAACAUCCGUCGAAGGGCUACGGAUUUGUGAUGUUCACCAAACACGAGGACGCACUUGCCUGCCUACGAAGGCUGAACAACAACCCUGAAAUCUUCGAUAAAAACAACAGACCCAUCGUAUCAUUUUCAAUAGAAGACAGGACUGCUCUUAAUGCUAGAAAGAAGAGGCUUGAAAAAUCCAUAGCCAACAAUCCGACAGCACAGAACGGGAACAACGCGAACAACGAAGGCUAUAAUAACAGGAAGCGAAAAGGACAGUCACAACCUGACGAGAGUUACCUCAAAAAGAAGCGAUUUGACAAAGACCAGGGCAAAAAUUGGGAAUCACAUAACAACCAGGGGAAAAAGUGGGAAUCACAUAACAGCCAGGGGAACAAGUGGGAAUCACAUAACAGCCAGGGGAACAAGUGGCAAUCACAUAACAGCCAGGGGAACAAGUGGGAAUCACAUAAUAACCAGGGGAGAAACGCAGGCAACAAAUGGGAGAACAAAAAUAAAAAAUGGCAGAACAAAAGUACGGACGAAGCAGUUGGAAAAUACGUCAGAUUGCCUAAAAUCGAGGAUGACAAUGAAUACACAGGUCUAACGGCGAAAGAGGGCACACAACACAAGAUGAGGAGUAACCAUAAAUUGAGGACGCAAGCGGACCUCCAUAGACAACACGUCAAAAUGGAAAAGAAGAAGAGUAAGAACGCGUUGAGACUGAAAAAGGCAAGUCGAGAAAGAGUGAAACAGCCCAAACAGAAGAUCAACAAGAAUCCCGGCAGCAAGAACAAGAGAAGGAAGUUCAAACCCAAUAACAUUAAGGAUAUCCUUAAAUAAAUCUUUUACUUAUGUUAUUGCAAUAAAAUGUUUUAUUAUUGGAAGAUUGACUUUUUAUUAAAGCACAUACUGUUACCGUCAAGUCUGUGGGCUGAUUGCCGACUAGUCAUCUGCUUUCUGCAGAUUCCUAUUGAUGUAGGACUAGUGCUUCGAGUGAUUACACUAAUACUUAUCAAUUCGAACUUCUGACCUGGGGCUGUAAACUUAAACUAGAGUCGAGGUCCGAGACUCAGAGACGCCCUCUAGUUGAG